UUGACGAUUAUCUAUGUGCAUAUGUUUGCCUGCAGGAUAGAGGUUUUGACAUAUGGGUUUUAAAGAAGAAUCAAAAUUAUCAUGAUGUAUGUAUUUGGAGUAAAGGGUUUAGUAAUUUACCAUGGUGUAACUUACCUAUCACCUUUACAAAGAGUGGUAGGCUUUUGUGCCGCGAUAGUCGUGAUAAAGAUGUAUACAGUUACCCCCCCAGAAGCUUCAUCUUCCAGAUAUCUUGUGAAUUUUGGUAAGAAUUAUGAAACUGGAAUCCCUCACAGGAACACCUUAGUGUCAUUGAAAGCACUAGGAGAAGAAGAUACGAAACUAAUGGAUUCGGGUGAAAGAGCAAGAUCUAGCGGGGGGGCAGAAAACAGUUAUCUCUCAAAAGGAGCAGAAGGAAGAAACCAAUCUCUAGAUAAAUAUAAACUGCAGCUUCAUUUGAGGAAGCCUGAAUAAGAGGAAUUAACCAGCUAGCAACAAGGCAGACCAACUGGAAAUUUUUAAAGUCAGUCAGAUGUGGUAUUUGCAUUUGCUCCUGCAGGAGUCCGUCCAAAACAUCAUUCCAAGGAAGUUGAAUCAAAUUGAGUUCUCUGCUCUGACAUCCAGUUCUACAAAAACUCAGAUUUCAUUAUCCCCUUGUGUAUGUUUCCUUGUUGUGUUUGUUUUUGAAUUGGUUUGCGUACUGCAAAAUGAAUUUUUUGGUGGCUGUGGAUGACAGU